GUAUCAACAAAUGCAAACAGCUUAGAGAAGAGGAUUUCAAACCUUUGUAAGAGCAUCAUAUGAGAUAUUUGUGUAGCAUUUUUACACCAGUAUUCCAGCUGCAGGUAACUGGCCUGUAAAAUUCAUUAUGGAACAUCGUAAUGACCAGUUAUGGACUUUAAAAGCAACAGACAUGCGUGUUACUGCUUAGUAAACCAAGUGAGCUUUAUAUGUAGCAUGUCUGGCCACUAGGGGUGCAAUCUCACCAGAAUCCAUUGAAUAGAUAUUUCCUUUUAUCUUGCUGGAGAAAUGAACUAAUGUAGCUUCACACAGCUGAAUGGUUUAAUUAGAGAAAACAUAGUUACUGGCCAUGUAGUAUUAGCAAAUGCAAUUAGUUCUAUAAGUGUGCCAGUUAUUUGCAAAGAUACAAACUGCACAUAGUCAUUUAGAUAAGUGAUAUUGAUAAGCAAUGUCACACAGCUCAGGGAUUUUAUUGAGUUCAGUCCAUAAAUUGCUGUUUCUGCUACCACUGACGAUGGUACAAAGUCUUCCCGUGUAUGACAAGGGUGCUAUAUACCGCUCACAUAUUCUGAGGGCAUUAAGUUGGUCAAAUAAAAUUUCAAGCGUGCACGGUUACCUGUGAGAGCUGCCAGGCUAAAUAGCAAUCAGUUCAACUUCAGCUCCAAAGGUUAAAGGAACACACCCAAAUUCCUCUUCUAAAUGGGUUUGUUUUGCCACAGAGCCAUAAAUACAUUGUGCCUAUAAACUCCACUCACAUCACAGUUUAAAGUUCUGCAUUUUUAAUACAAGGAGCACAAUAGCGUACCAGGAAACUAGGGCACAAUUUCAUCUUUUGAGCGACACACUAUGGCGCUACACCAACAGCUCAGCCUGUGGCAGAAGAUAUUUUUUGGAAUCCUUUGCUUCCCACUGCUCCCCAUCUACUUCUGUGUUACUUACCUGUGCUUCAAAAAGAAGAUAAAUGAGCUGGUGGAAGAUAACAUAGAUAUUGGUCAGGUGGAGGGUGCCCAUUUUAUUCAGAAGAAGGAGACUACAGAGGAAGAUGGAACGUUCUGUGCAAACGGAAAGAAUGAAGAAAAAUGUCACACUGAAUUCAAGUAUCCAUGGGACAAGAAAAACCUAAAAUCUCUGCAGGUAGAUCUUGAGACACUGGCAAAGCUGGAUGCGUACGCUUUAAAGGUGAAUGGCCACAGGACCCUUGAACUCCUAGUAAAGGACCUUCUUUGUGAAGCUUCCACAGACUUGGAGAAAACACGAGCCAUCUGGAUAUGGAUAUGUCAUCACAUAGAGUAUGAUGUGGCUGAGACAAAAAGUAAAGGUUUGGUGCCACCUGAUCCAGAUGCCACUUUUCAGAGCAGGAAGACGGUCUGUGCAGGUUACCCCUUGCUGUUUCAGCGGAUGUGCAGCCUCGCAGACAUCCAGUGUGAAACAGUGUGUGGCUACAGGAAAGGACAGACGUUUUCUGAAGGGCCUGAUCAUGCAUGGAACGUAGUGUAUCUGGAGAGCGCUUGGCACUUACUGGACAGCACAAUGGGAGCAGGUUAUAUUGAUGACAGCAUAAACAAGUUUACAUUUCAAUACAAUGAAUUCUAUUUCCUGACACACCCUGCCCUCUUCAUCGAAGAUCACUUCCCAGAACAGAUGCAUUACCAACUCCUCGAGUCUCCUCUUUCUCAAAAGCAAUUUGAAGAAAAUGUACAGCAUAGAAGCCACUUCUACACCCUUGGGCUGGGCUCUUCCCACCCUCAUACAUCUGCCAUUGAGACAGUGAAGGGAAAGGCCUCGGUUACUAUUGAGAGAAGUCAACACAUAAAAUUCAUCAUUACCCUAAAUGAAACAGAGAUGCCAGGUUUGAUAACAUUGACAAAACACGGGACUAUAUUUGAUGUAUACCCUCAAAAACCUGGACAGCAUCUUUUACAGAUAUUUGCCAAGAGACCUGGUUCAGAUAAAGCCUAUCAUUUAGUUCUGGAUCACAUAAUAGACUGCAGAACAGUGAAUAACAGUUUAAAGAUUCCUAAGAGUCUAAGCAAUCCUGUUGGCCCAAGCUGGAUAUCAGAGAAAGCAGGGCUCAUCCAGCCCUCACACGUUGAUCCAGUCAUUCACACAGAAGAUGGGCACUGCACUAUUGGGUUUGAUCUAGACAGACCAAUGAAGCUCACCAGCAAUUUAAAAUCUGAUGAAGUAAAAAACAUUCUGAACCAUGUCAUACAGAAGCGGCAGAAACAUAAAGUUGAGUUCCAAGUUCAUCUCCCACAGGCUGGUUCUUAUGUUCUGCAGAUAUUUAGUGGUUCCUUUGGCUACAUCUGCAACUAUCUCAUAACCUGCUCCAAUACCAAGGUAAAAUGCAAUCCUUUUCCUGCUGCUCUUCUUAAUCCAGUUGGUCCAAACCCAGAUACAGAGAAGCUCGGCAUUCAUCCUUCUUCCCACCCUGAUCCAGUGAUUAAUUCCAAGGAUGGAUGCUGUAAUAUCAGCUUUGCACUUGAUAAAGUCCUUCAUAUCACCAGUUACUUGAAGUAUAAUGAUGUGAAACCACUUGUACGAAAUCAUAUAAUCCAGAAGUCCCAAAAGAACAAUGUUACAUUUGAUGUGCGUCUUCCACAAGCUGGUUCCUAUGUACUCCAGAUUUUUGGUGGCUCCACUGGUUAUAUCUGCAACUACCUCUUGAUUUGUUCCAACCCAAAUACAAAAUGGCCUCCUUUCCCUGCUGCACUUCAUAACCCAGUAGGCCCAAAUCCAGAAACAGAAAAGGUUGGACUGUUCCAGCCCUCACACUCUGAACCCAUCAUUAAAACUGAAGAUGGCUGUUGCAUUAUUUGCUUUGAAUUAGACAGAGUGCUAAAAUUGACCAGCAGCUUGAUAUCUGAAGACGGUCAAAACAUUCUCAACCACAUUUUACAGAAAUGCCAUACGGAUAGGAUUGAGUUUCAUAUUCGUCUUCCACAAACAGGUUCUUAUGUUUUUCAGAUAUUUGAAGAUACUAUUGGUUAUAUCUGCAACUACCUCUUGACUUGUACAAACCCAAAUGCGAAAUGGCCUCCUUUCCCAUCUGCACUUCACAAUCCAGUUGGCCCCACCCCAGAAACAGAAUCUAUUGGACUCCUUCAGCCUUCACAUCCUGAUCCAAUCAUUGAAAGUGAGAAUGGCUGUUGCACCAUAAGUUUUGAACUGGAACAAGAUUUAUGUGUUUUUCCUACAUUACAUUCUGAUGAAACCCUGAUGACACCUGGAACAGAACACCGGCACACCUUUAAUAUGCAAAAGCACAAUACCAUUGAAAUUAUGGUUCGCCUACCUUGUGCUGGGACCUAUGUUUUACGUGUAAAUAUAAUGCCUAAUGAUAGCAACGUAUAUACCUCACAAUGUAACUAUCUUAUUCAUUGUACCAAUGCUUCAGUCAAAUGGCCUGUGUUCCCUUUGGCAUAUGAAUCUUGGGCCAAGAAUUAUGAGCUGGUAGAACCUUUAGAUGGAGUUCUUCCAGAAAACAGCCCCAUUCACUUUAAGCUCCGGGUUCCUGAAGCGGAAAGUGUAUCAGUUAAAGCUAAAAAAUUUGUCCCUUUGAGUCUUAAUGAAAAGGGAUUCUGGGAAGGAACCUGUAAUACAAAUGAUUGUAAAAAUGUAUAUGUCCUUGUUUGCCAUAAGGACCAGCCAAAUUCUUGUGACUACAUCUUGCAGUAUGAUGUGGACAACAGACAAUAAAACUAUUGUGAUAUUUUUGUUUGUACAAAAAUAAGAAACCAUAUUACCUGUCCUUAUAUAUUUGUAAAUAUGUAAAUACCAUACUGUCCAAUGACUGACAAUACCCUAAAUUAUUUACUUCUAAUUUGUGCUGUCUUGUUGUAUUUAUUAUAUUUAUGUAAGCACUGCCAAGCUGGCAAGUUUUCCAUUUUGAAAGUAUCUUUCUAUAUAGUGUUUGUUCCUUGCCCACUGUCUUCAUGGGUUCCUUAUUUAAAGGAGAUGUUCUCUGCCACGUGGCGCUAUCUCCCAGGAUUCACCCAAUCACCUUGCACAGUGAAGCCACUUCUCUGAGUUGCCCUUUUGUUUUGUUUUAAUACAACAUCAUGAAGACAUUGAGAUUGUUCCAAGUAAAGAUGAAACAUGCAGUUGAAAAGAAAUGUUUGCUAAACCUGCUUUUUUAUUAUUUAGUAAAGUCCUACUUUAUUUCAUGGUAAUAAUGUUGGUUUACAGGGGUAGCACUGUGAUUAGAACUGCUGUUAUCUUGGGCUUUAACCCAGGACACUGUGUGGAUAUAUUCUUCCCUUUUAUGAAUGGGUUACCUCUGGGUGUUUCCCUUUCUUCCCUCAGUCUAAAAGCAUAAUGGUGGGUUAAUGGCUUCUUGUGAAACCCUAGUAUGCUUGUGUGACUGUAGUAGAACAUUAGACUGUAAGCUCUGCUGGAAGAAGGAUGAUGUGAAUGAAUAAAAUGCAAUAUGCUGGCACUAGA